UUCUUCAUGUCCGGUACAUACAUUCAAUUUUUUUUAAUAUUUUCCUCCUUCUUCUUCUAGGGUUUCGAGUUCUAGUGUCAUCCUCUAAUGGCGAACAACACCUACUCUAGUGUUUUUUCACUGUACACGCCAGUAACUUAGUCCCUACGAUUGAGUUUAUCUACCAUUAUAUUGCAAAUGGAAAAUAUAGCGUCGGAUUUGAAAGUAACGGAGCUGAAGCAGGGCAGUCUCGGCAAAGCUUACGAAGUUCUGAAUUCAGAAGCUUCUUCCAUACUCAUGUUAACAUUUCAAUGGAAGGACCUUGAGGAACAUUUCAACUCCAUUCGUAAGUCUCUCAAUGACCAACUUGAAGAACUCGUGGGGCGGGAAAAGAAUGUGGAAGCCAGAGAGAAGCAGUCGAAAGCUAAGGAGUCGCAGUUGUCUGUGGAGAUUGCGGCGAAAGCAGAGAGUUUGAAUGGCGUUGAGAAACAUAUCGAGGAGCGAAACCAUUCGUUGGAUUCGUCGACUAAGAAAAAACGCGAAGAACUUGAGGGUACAGUGAAGCAAUACCACCAUAUGCAGAAAUCGGUACUGGAGAAGGAGAAGGAGAUGGAUUAUUUGGUGAAAGGUGUCAAAGAGAGGACGAGAAGAUUGGAUUCUUUGGAUAGAAUUAUUAGGGAAAGGUCUGAGGAAGCUGAGGCUAAGAAGAAAGAACUCGAUUCGAUUCGAGGAAUGUUGAGGAAAUGCAAAGACGAUCUUGAUGUGAAGGAGAGGCAAUAUCGUUCUGUUCGAGGUGUGGUUGAGGAUCACAAGAAAGAAAUUGAGCAGAGAGAACAGACGCUCAGAGUGCUUCGGAGUUCAAUUCAUGAAUUUGAGAGAGAAAUUAAAUUGAAUGACGAAAAGCUUAAAUCGAUUCAGUACACGUUUCUUGAAAAGUGUCUUGAAUUUGAGUCAAUCGAAAAGAAACUUGAGUUGGUUCGUAUGGAUGAGGAAGUGAUUAAGAAGAGCUUUGUUUCAUUGAAAAAAUCAGUGGACGAAUGUGCUUAUGAAUUUGAUAUGAAAGGGAAGCAAUUUGAGAGUUUGGUGGAGAAUCUUGAAAUGAAGGAAAAAUCGUUUGAAUCGAAAAUUGAGGAAUUGGGUUUGAUCCAAAAAGAGGUCAAAGAAAUCCUCGAAGAGGUUGAAUCGAAAGAGAAGAUUGUUGCUUCUUUACAAAGAUUGGUGGAAGAACGUUUUCAAGAACUAGAAAAAAGAGAGCUAUGUGAGAAAAGGGUCAGUGAUUUUUCUACUUGGAGACAGAGAGAGUUUGAAUCAAUACCAAAGUCAACUGGGUUAUUAGGAGUAAAUGAAGAAAAUAAUCCUAAGCUUGAUAAAUCAGAAAAUAAUCUUAACAGCGCGGAUUAUGUAUCAUUUGCUAGCUAUCAAUACAGCAUCACUAAUGGGCAAUACUUGCAAAUGCUUUUGGGUGAUCAACUAAGGAGGCAUGAAUUUCGUUGUACUGAACUCUAUACUGUUCUUCAAACAUCACCAGACCCUCCAAAGUUGGUGUUAGAUGCUGUUAAGGGGUUCUACCCUUUGCAUUUGAGUAGUGAUGAUAAGGAGUUUGACCUGAGAAUUAUAAGAAGGAGCUGCAUUCUUUUGUUGGGACAGCUAAUGAAUACUUCACCAGAUAUUAGCCCUCAAGUGAGAGAGGAAGCAAUGAAAUUGGCGGUUGAUUGGAAGGCUAGGAUGAUGGUGAUGACUGAGAAAGAUAAUAGUUUGGAAGUACUGGGUUUUUUGCAGCUUUUGGCUAGCUUUAGACUGUCCUCUGCUUUUGAUGCGAAUGAGGUUCUCAGUCUUUUUGAUAUUGUUGACCAGAACAGAGAAGCUGCUGAAUUACAUCGGGCCCUUUGCAUUGCAGACGAAGGACAUGUUGACAUGGAGCAAGCAGAACAUUCGAGGGCUGACGAAGCUGCCCCAAGUUCUCCAAAUUUUCAAUCCAGUUCAACCACGAGUAAAAGGAGUUCUGAGCAUGUUUUACUUGAAGAAUUGACACAGGAUAAAAUUUUAGCUGUUCUUCAAAUGCCGAACCCAGCAAAACAAGUGUUGGAUAUUGUGGAAGAGUCUUUUUCUAAACUUUGGGAGAGUGGAGAUGUAGGUUUUCAGGAAAGUGUCAUGAUGAGUUACAUUUCCUUGUUUGAGCAGCUAUUGGGGAUCUCACCACAAAUUGAAUCUCAAUUGAGAGCAGUUGCAAUAAAGGUAGCAUGUGAGUGGAAAGAAAAAAUAAGAGCCAAUACCGAAAACUUUUUGGAGCUUUUGGGAUUUCUACAGUUCCUUGGUAUAUACGGAAUUGUUUCAAUCUUUGAUGAUGAUGAUAUUUCGAGUUUUAUGGAUAUGAUCACUCAAAAUAAACAUGCUCUGGAACUAAGUCGUUCCAUUGCUUCUGCAUAUAAGAUCCCUUUCUUUAUUCAACAUCUGAUUCAAAGGAAGAAGGUCAUUGAGGCAAUUAGACUCACUUAUGCAUUCGAGUUAACUGAAAUGUUCGUGCCAGUUAAACUAUUAAAAGAGUACAUGGACUAUGUGAAGAGUUAUUUCAGAAAACUUUGUGUGAAAAAGAAAUCAACCGAAGAAAAGGAUGAAGCCACUGACGAAGAAAUAGCUGCUCUAAUGACGGUUGUUGAAUGCAUCAAAAUUUAUGGUCUUGAAUCUCAACUCUCACCGGACAAUAUAACAAAACGCAUUGCCCUGCUGGAGAAGAUAAAGAACGACCGGAGACAUUUGGCCUUAUUUUUCCAGUCCCAGGAUGAGCAACCGCAAGAGCAACAGCCACAACAGGAGCAGCAACAGCAGGCAAGCAGGAGAAGAAGAAAGAACAGUCCAGUCUCUCGUAAACAACCACCAAAGCGAAGUAAAAACAAACAUACCCAAGCAACUUCAUCGACUCCAAAAUCCAGUGGCUCGCCAGUUUCAAAAGUAGUUCCUCAGCAAAUGAUUUGUCCACCGAAUCAUCUGAUUGGAAUUGGAACUGCAUUGGCUAGCCGUCUACAGUUUGGUUCAGCUGAAAGCAACAAUGUUAGUGUCUUGCCUGAUCAGCAUGCAUCCCAUCUAUUUACAUCUUAUUAGUUUUUAUACCACGGUUAUAAAAACUAAUAAGACCUUUACGCCAAUGCUUAGUGGAGAGUGAAUGAGGAAAAUUAGUGGUAAGAAUCAUCAUCAUCACUAGGUAUUCUUUUGCAUUUUUCGUUUAUAUAUUGUACCUAGAUGUUCGUUCACGUGGUUCUACUUUACAAAUAUGGCAUUUGUGAAAUACACUUAGACCCUCUCAUGUAAAUUUUGUGGAAAAUUUAGAAAAAAAAAAAACUAGAUAAUGUUAUAUUUGGUCUAAUAUUUGUAAUUGUGCUCCAAUACUCAAAAUGCAAAUUAACACAUGUUAAUGAUUAAUUUAA